UUUCGCUUUCCAGCGACUCCAUUUUAGUGGUGACCGAGCUGAGGAGAAGAAGGAAGUGCUGAGAACACAAAGAAAAUUCCCCUCAUAGCGAGGAGCGGCCAUAGUAGAGCAGUGACUUAUCGUGUGAGGAGCAACCAACUGUCACCAUGGCCGACCAGGCAUACCGGGAGACCACAGAGCCCCUGAAUAAGCCGCCUCCCGAAUGGACCUUCAUACAGCUCGCCUUCAAAGUGUGUCAACUGCUCUUCUCCUUGGUGGCAUUUAUAUGUGAGGAGGUCAUCACUCAGUGCGAAUCAUGCUCUGGAUUAUAUAUCUUUGAGUUUGUCAGCUGUAGUGCCUUUUUAAUCAGCCUCCUCAUGUUGGUGGUUUACCUCACACCUCUGCACAGGAAAAUCAACAUUCCAAGCUUCAAGAAAGUUGAUUUCUACAUCACGUUGGUCACCGGUGUAUUGUUUUUCAUUGCCUGCAUUGUGUUUAUUGCCACAAUAGAAACGACACCACUUGCGCAAGUAUCCGUGGCUUUUGGGUUCCUUGCAUCCUUUGUAUUUAUAGGAGAGGUCUAUAACAUGUGGAAAAAUAACUACUUACAAAUGAAAGACCCGCCCAAGACGACGCCGAAUGCAAAUGGUGGCGCUGAGGGGGAGCCGCUAAACCACCCCGUCCAAGAAAACCGACAAAACUGAACUGUGUGUACAUUCCGCUAGGGCUUUGCAGGCCUUCUGUCCUCCACACUUGUAUUGUCUGUAUUUGGUCAUGAAAUGUGACAUCACAGCUGAUAUCCCAGGACCGCCUACAUCACCAAAUCAUUUAUCUGCAUCCUCGCAAUAAGAACUCUCUGUUCUUUCAUUGUAGGGUUUGCCCAAAGGGCAAUGCAGUGGGAGCUUGUGAGAAAUGAGGCUCAUUAUAAUUAUGUAAAUAAAUUGUUUUUUUAUUUUAUUUUAGAAGGCAGACUUGUACACCAAGGAGAGAGAUUUUAUCUUUUAACCUAUAGAUUGCUUGUUCCCGUAAGCGGACCUCCUCUUCAUAUUGCCAUAAAAAAAUAUUUAUUCGCAAUAAGUUAAUAUUAAAAAAAAAUCAUAAAAUAAAAAUUAGUUCCCUGCGUGUACAGAUAUGUCUAGCUCUGUAAAAUGUAUCGCAGCAGCUCAGGCCAGAAGCUGAAUUCAAUAAGCAGAAUUUAUCUUUUUUGCUGCUUAUAGCUUGUGCUGCCAAGAGCCAACCCCCUCCUGUUAGAUCUGCAUGGCUUAUAUAAGGUUAUAUAGCAUGGUAACGACUUUAUCUCUCAGAUAUUUGAGUAGCAAGGUAUCCCCUCCAUAAUUCUCACCACUACACAUAUGACAUGGCCAGGCCUUGCUCUCCCUUUACUAUUGAGGAGAACCGAGAGAAGAUCCAGAGAAAUUUCACUGUUGGAAUCUUCUAUAGAUUUCUGAAGACAACCAGUAGAUCCUAAAGCUGAGGUGUGGCCAAAAAUCAUUUGCAAAA